CGCGCGCAGAAACCUCCCGCCCUUAAAGCAGGAAAUCCUUCUCUUUGACUUUCUACCAUAUCACUGACUCGAGUAAAAGUUACAGAUACAGUACCGACAUGAACUCAGAUAGAUCAUCACAUUCAUCCGCCGAUGACCAGCUCGACCCUGAGGAUGAGAAGCGGUUGGCGGCAGCUGCCCGAGAGGCAAUCCGUCUUCCUGAGCUCCGCCUGAUCCUGCUGGGCUGGAGAUGGCCAGGUAAGAGCCUGACCGGCAACACCAUCCUGGGACGUGAGGAGUUCCGUCUGGAACGUGCUGCUGAAUUCUGCGUGAAACGUGAAACUGAGGUGGAUCGGCGUAAGGUAACGGUUGUAGACACACCUGGCUGGUUCUCAGCCCAGACCACACCAGGGGAUUACCAACAGGAGAUGGUCCGAAGUGUAAGUAUGUGCCCACCAGGACCCCAUGCGUUCCUGCUAGUUAUACCUGUGGGCAUGUUCACCGAAACGGACCGGGCUCGUAUCGAGGAGAACUUGGUGCUGUUUGGGGAGGACAUAUGGAAGCACACCUUGGUGGUGUUCACCUGGGCGGAGGUUUUGAAGGACAGGUCCAUAGAAAGACAUAUACGAAGGGAAGGUCGUGACCUUCAGUGGGUGGUGGACAAGUGUAAAAAAAGGUACCACGUCAUCAAUAACUAUAUUUUUGGCGAGCACCCACAGCUGCCCCAGCUAAUGGAGAAGAUCGAGAAGAUAGUGGCUGAAGAAGGCGGUUACUUCACCCUUAAGACAGAUGAAACUAAAACACAAAGUCAAGCUCAGAGUCCGUUGCAGGAUGAGAAUCUGAAGACCAAUGCUGUGAAAGAGAACCGAGAGCUGGGUGCGAGACCCAAACAGAAUGGUUCCUGUAACUCACUACGCACCAUGGACGUCAACCCUCCACAGAGUUUGGUUGAAGGAGUGAGAGACUAAUAACGUACAGACUGUUCCAGUUCUGCUGUGUUUGUUACCUCAAUUUAAUUGAAUUUAAUAGUGCCUAAAUUAUUGGUAAAAUACCCACAUGUCUUUGACUUCAAUCCACCAAUCCAAGCAGCUUCCUGUGUUAGGGUUUACAGUAGGGUUUACAGUAUCCCUGUAGGCUAAUACUUCUGAACCUACAGAAUUUAACAUACUGUAACUAACAUAACUAGGAAUUAUAAUCAUUAUAAGUUCCAAUAGUGUUAGUAAAUCAGUAGAACAACCUUAUACUAAUUGAAAGCAUUUGUAAUGAUGGUAUUUCAUACAAAUAUCAAUACUACUGUGUACUAGAAACACAGUGGGUCAAAAGGUUAGCUAAUCAGGAUUUACGUGGUAUUGAAGCAGUUUUUGAGAAAAUUCUUGAGGUAAUGGAGUCAUCAGUUUGAGAGAAACACUCCCCACUUAUUAGUUAUUUGCAGUAAUGAAUUUAAAACAACAUGAUAGCCUGUAAAAAUGCCUAAACUAAUGCACUAAUAACUGUUAGAGAUUCUGUUAGGGGGGGAUUCACUAUGAAUUAAUUGACCCUUCGCAAAGCCCCGCCUUAACAGCGAUUCUGACCAAUCCUGUCUUAGCAAAUGAUGCUCUGCCGCCAUUACUCUGACAUGUGUUUGCUUUUUUCCAAUGACAGUCUGUGGAAGUAAUGUGUGUAUGAGUACUUUGAUCAAAGAGGGAUUAGAUCAAUAUAACUCGAGUUACACACUUUAUAGCAUAAAUGCAGCAGACCAACGCAAUCUACCACACCCUUCUGGGACUGUACAGCAUCACUGUGAUCCAGACAACUGAAUCAUCUCUUAUUAAACAAUAAACAUGCCUGAAGUGCGCUUGACUACACUGCGCAUCUGGAUGUAUGCCAGGUUAUAACACUCUUCUCCAUCAUUUGAUCAUUAUUUGAUGAAUUACUGCUAAAAUUAUCGAUAUAAAAUGUACACAAACAUCUCUUUUAAAUAACAUUCAUCUUACCGCCAGAUGAAAGAUAAUAGCGCCUGGCAGAUGAAAGAUAAUUGCGCCUGCAAUCUUUGUGAAUGAAGCGCAACCUAUAAUGAGUCAGAUUUACAUAGAAAGGAGGUGUGGUUGCACGAAAAGGAAUGACAAUGACAAUGUAUUUAAAUAGUCAAGAUUCAGCGCAAUUUCAGCGUUGAUUGCCUCUGCUAAAGCUAGAUUGCGGGUGAAUAAGACGCAGCUUUUUAUGCUCAAAUACUGUACACAAAAGUGGUGCAACUGUUUAGUGAAUUCACCCCUAAGUGUCUGUUGCAUUUGUAAUAACUGAAUUAGUUACAUUGGUGACUUAUUGGUGACAGUGGUAGUUGGCUUUAUAAAUAGUUCAAAAUCAUACUGAACAAGAAUUUCCAGUUUGUCUCAUCACUGUUUGCUGAUGUUUCAGAUAUGUCCCUAGUUGUUUUUUUUUUUUCCGAAAGCACAUUUAUAAAUGUCUAUCGAUGUUUUUGUAAAAAUAUUGUUAUUGCUGUAUUAUUCAAUAAGAACAUUAAGUGUUUUCAUGCCUUGAUUUAUGCUUGUUUUAGGAUUGACAUUUUGUGAUGUUUUCUUUCACAGAUGUGUUUGCCAUUUUUUUAAAUCUCAUUCUGUACUGUUACUUUUCAACAAAGAGCUCUCCAGUCAAUAUACAGUAAAUUGUUACAAAUGGUUUUCUUACUCUGAUUGAGACUACAUAGCUGUCCUUGUUUUAGCACUCUAAAUGUCAUCACUGUUUUUAUCUAAUGAAAUUACAUGUUUCAUGCUUGAAAGAAACCAAUUUCAUGUAAAACUCAAAUGUGUAUUCUGCUAUUAAUUAUAUUUGACUUGACAUGAUUGCUUUCCUUUUUAGAUGUGCUGAAAAUUCCGAAAGCCAUAAAAUCUCUACCAGA